UGGCCACAGAACAUUAAAAUCAUGUGGGACAAAUGAAAGGACAUGAGUUACAAUGUCAGAGUUUGUAGUUUAAAUCUCUUUUCAUUUUCUGAUCUUAGAUCUAGUCUCAGUGCUCUCAAGAUCCUCUGUCAAAAACAUCCAAAACCCCUUUUCUUAUCCAUUGCUCCCUUUUAUCACUCAAAUCUUAGACCAACUCUGCCAUAUCCAAAUUUUAUGUGCUUUUACAGCUAAGUCUGCUGCUCAAAAUUGGCACACGGAGAAGUUCCGAAUGCAUGCUGCUCAGGUUCAAGGUACAUGCCACCAAAAGGCCUCAGUAUUCUCUGAACUUGCAUGAGAGUUACUUGGCUUGUCAUCCCAAGGUAUAUAUAUAAUAUAACUUCAGGAUAAGAGAGCGUGUGAAGCAUAAGCAGCUGAAGAAAACUUCUUCAUAUUUUAUUACUUUAAGGGUCUGCAAAAAAAAAAAAAAAUUAUGGUUAGAUUCUGCUGGAAGCCAGCUUCUGUGGGUGAUGAUGGAGAUGUAAAUGGGAGAGUUGAGGGACUGCUAUGGUACAAGGAUUUAGGAAACCAUCUUUAUGGGGAAUUCUCAAUGGCUGUGAUUCAAGCAAAUAGUUCAUUGGAGGAUCGUAGCCAACUUGAAUCUGGACCCUUGACUUCUGACUAUCUGGGGCCUCAAGGAACCUUUAUUGGUGUAUACGAUGGCCAUGGUGGUUCUGCAGCCUCACAGUUUGUCAGUGACAAUCUCUUCGCCAAUGUCAAGAGUUUCGCAGCUGAGCAUCGAGGCAUAUCAGAGAAUGUUAUACGAAGGGCAUUUUCUGCAACAGAAGAGGGUUUUCUGUCUGUUGUGAAGAAACAGUGGCUAAGCAAACCACAGAUUGCAUCUACCGGUACAUGUUGUUUGGCAGGGAUAAUUUGCAAUGGCAUGCUAUAUGUUGCAAAUGCAGGAGACUCAAGGGUGGUGCUGGGGAGAGUAGAGAGAGCAACAAGGGAAACAACAGCUAUCCAAUUGUCUGCAGAGCACAACGUUAACAUCCAAAUGGAGAGAGAUGAAGUUCGGACAAGGCACCCUUAUGAUCCACAAAUCGUGGUUAAGAAACACAAUGUUUGGCGUGUGAAAGGCCUCAUACAGGUUUCAAGAUCCAUAGGUGAUGCAUAUCUGAAGAAACAAGAAUUUAACAGGGAGCCUCUGCCGAAUAAGUUUAGACUACCCGAACCCUUCUUUAAGCCAAUUCUUAGCUAUGAACCAGAAAUAUCAGUGCAUAAACUUGGUCCUGAAGAUCAAUUUCUCAUCUUUGCUUCUGAUGGUUUGUGGGAGCAACUUAGCAACCAAGAAGUUGUGAAUAUAGUCAGCAAUAGUCCACGCAAUGGUAUUGGUAGGAGACUUGUGAAAGCUGCACUUCGAGAAGCAGCAAGGAAGAGAGAAAUGAGAGUGUCAGACCUGCAAAAGAUAGAAGAAGGAGUGAGGAGACACUUCCACGAUGAUAUUACAGUUAUUGUUGUAUAUCUAAAUCCCAAACUCAUAGAUAAUAGCUCUCUAUUGGCUUCUCCUCUUUCAAUCAGAGGAGGUGGGUCAGCCAAUUUUUAGUUCAAACAAUCAUGCUCUUCCUGUUUACAAAAUUGUUACCGAAACAACAUAGUCAAAUAACAUAACAUCACACUUCCACAACCGCA